AUGGAGGAGACAUACCUUCUGAACCACCCGGGAGUCAAGAAGAAGAUUCUGGCCGGAGGCUCAGGACCGCUGCCACAUUUUCCACCUGGGGCAAAGCUGGUUUUCCAUUUCCAGACACUGCUGGACGACUUUGAGCGGACGGUCAUCGAUGACAGCCGACUGGCCGGCAGACCAGCGGAGAUCUUCGUCGGAAAGAUGUUCAAGAUGGAGGUCUGGGAGACCCUGUUGAUGUCCAUGAGGAUCGGGGAGGUGGCUGAGUUCUGGUGUGACGCCACUCACACAGGCUUGUACCCCAUCGUGUCCAAGGGAAUGAGGCUGAUCGCUCAAGGGAAAGACCCCCUGGAGGGCCAGAGGCACAUGUGUGGCAUGGGAAACAUGUUCCACUAUCACUCCACCGGUUACCCAGAGCUGGAUGAGAUAAUGAGAACACCUCAACCGCUUAUAUUUGUCAUGGAGCUGUUGCAGGUGGGAGACCCCAUGUCGUACCACAGAGAGUCGUGGAUGAUGGAAAAGGAUGAGAAGCUGCACACGGUGCCAAGUCUCCACAUGCAGGGCAACGCGCUGGUCAAGCAGAGACAAUUCAGAGAGGCUGCCAGCAAGUACAAAGAGGCCGUCCUGCUGCUGAAAACAGUCCAGUCCAAAGAGAUGCCGGGCGAUAUAGACUACAUUAAUUUAGGCCGGAUGAUCGUCCCCCUGGAGUUGAACUACUGCCAGUGUAUGCUGGAGCUGGAGGAGUAUUACGAAGUUAUAGAGCACACUGACGAACUGCUGGAGAAACAUAAAGACUGUGUGAAGGGCUACUACAAGAGAGCCAAGGCCCACGCUGCCGUGUGGAACGAGAAGGAGGCCAAGAGAGACUUCAACAUGGUCGCCCAGCUGGACUUCACUCUGGCCUCUCUCGUCAGCCGAGAGCUGAAGGCCUUGUCAGAGCGCAUGAAGGAGAAGUAUUGGGAGGAGAAGGAGAAAUACUGGAACAUGUUGGAGACAAAGGAGAGUAAAAAUGAAGGGGAGGGGGAAGAGCUGGAGGGCAAACAAGAAGAAGAAGAAGAAGGAGAUCAAGACGGUGAAAGUGUGACCACAGAGCGUAAAGAUCAAGCCCGGGAAGAAAAAGGAACAGGAGAGUCUCCGUCCAAAUGUGAUGGAGGUCACAAAGAGGAACUCUCACCUGAGGGAACAAGUAACGAAGAGGAAGCCAGCUCUCUUGAGAUCAGUCCGUAUGCUUCAAAUAAAACGGAGGAAAAGGACUGGCAGCAGAUGUUACGACUGGUCAUAAUGCUGCAGAAGGAAGGAAACUUCCUCAUUAAGGAAAAGAGCUUUGAAGAUGCUGCUGCCAAGUUCAAGGAGGCCGUAGGAUACGUGGACGUCCUUCAGGAUAUGGUGGAUCAAGAGGCCGACGACUGGGAGUCGCUGGAGAAGGUGCGCCUUCCGCUGACUCUCAACCUGAGCCAGUGCCUGCUGGAGCUCCGACAGUACCAGCAAGUGGUGCAGCUCAACAGCAAGCUGCUCAAGAGGCACAAAGGAAACUUUAAGGCCGUGUACCAGCGGGCUCGAGCACACGCCGCUUUGUGCAACGAAGAUGAAGCUCGGCGGGACUUUGAUUUGGUGGAGAAACUGGACCCGAAGUUCAAACCCUUCGUCCGGCAGGAGCUGAAAAAGCUGGGUGAGAGCAUGCGAACCAUGCACGCCAGCCAGAAUAAAACCUACUGGGACACGACGCAGGAGAGGUGGGGGCCCAGUGGGAGCAAGGCAAAGGGUGUAGCAACAAAGAAGAAAUUCUCACAGAAGGCCACUGAGGAAAAGAAGAGGACAGAAGUUGGUAAGACAGAAGACAAAGCGAGCUCAGAGAAACCCGCCCCUGCUCAGACGGAGGGUGUGGAUGACGCAGAAGCAGAGAAGAAUCCAGAUGUGAAAGCGGAGCAGAGUAAUAAAGAGCCGGAGAGUGGGAGGGCGAGUGGAGAAGGGCUAGAUAAUGAAAAUAUCGAGAGCGUCGUGGUUCAGGAGGACGGGCAGGGUGCGCCAGAUAAUCGAGCUGCAGAUAAAGAUAGCGAUCCGGCGCCCACCGGCACAGGCGAAGAUAAUGUAGUGAGCAAGAGAUCAGCGAGAGAUAAGGGAAGAAAGGUCAAAUGCCAAUCAAGCGCUGCACCGGGCUGCUGCGGGACAAGCAAAGGGACCAAAGCCACCGAUGACAAAACAGGAAAUGGGGACACUCAGUAAAAAAAAUAGGCCGUCACGUUUGAGUUGUCUUGUGCUAAAACACAAAAGACGCAGGGCGAGCCGAGGCCGGGGAGAUGAAUAGAUCAGUAAACUGGGUAAGAGCAACAAAAUGGAGGGAGGAGAAGUGAAGUCGAGCCUCAAGUCCAAACAGAAAAUAUUGAUUCUGCCACAUUCAAAUCCAAAUAUAAACACAAGGAGAAGAAUUAAUACAAACAGCCGCACUUGGCACCAUCCCGAGCUAAGUUUCAUUAUUCAGCUCUCAAAGGGAUACUAAAAGCAAGAUGAAAAUAAAUAAAAAUAAAAGCACGGGCAGACGGGGAGUUUGCCAAAUACAAAGUUUUUAUUUCUGUACACAAAGAGUAGAAAGCAGCCAGUAACCCACUUGUUAUUACAGUAAAAAGCCUUUCUUCAGAAAACUUCUCAUACAGGUUAAAAACUCCAGAGAAAAAGACAGCAAGAAGUGUUUGUGAGACAUGAACUCAAACUCAUUAAAACCAGAAACAUUUGAGAUGAUUAAUGAGGUAUAUUAAUGGUGAUUUAAACAAAAAAAACCAAAAACAAAACAAAAAUAAAACACCCCAGUUCACCAGUAAGGUAUGAGUGUUCGUGUUUAUGUGUGUUAGUGUUGUCCACACCUUCGUUUGAGGUUAGGCCUCCGUCACGUGAGAGGCGACACGCAGAGCUUAGGAUGCAACGAUGGAGGACGUGGAGGCGGGAGAGUGAUGAACGGAGCCGUCGGCGUGUUGGCUGGCUACAUGCAGUAACAGAUAGCAGCGUCCUCUGAGGAGGGCAGGGCAGGGCGGGGGGUGUCUCCUGCCUCUGUGGAGAGCCUUCGUGCAGUCACACACAGAGAUCAGGGUGUGUUUUAGGAUAAAGGGGAGCCACUGCUAGUAUAGAAGUGUGUACAUGUAUCAAGACCUCGAGGAGACGAUCACACAGGCGCCGGAUUGCCAUCAAAGUCGAUUUUAGACGCCGAGUGAGGAGCGACGCGCGGGGGACAAACCGUGCCUGGCAACGUAUCUCUGUCAUUUAACCACCUGGUGUAUUCAUUUCAAUCGGCCUCACCUGCGCUGUCUUAAAACACAUGUGACAAAUGUUGACAUGCAGCCCUGUGGGGAGGGAAGCCUGCUCGUCUCUUCCUCUUCUUCUUCUUCUUCGUCUUCUUCUUCACAUUCUGUCACUGUUACAUCAUUCACGCACGUACAAGACUAUGUGGAUGAGAGUGUGAGGCCGGCGGGUGAUCAUCAAUGUGUAAUGAGAUGUGUGAAUACCAAUAAAUAAAUGUCUAUGUAUAAACACUGCUUGUCAUGGCUUUUUUUGUUUUGUUUUCUUAUUCUUCACCCACGAGCCGAGCUGCCGCUCUUUGUUCUGACUCGAGAGAGCGCCAACCAAAACGAAUUCUUAAGACGGAGUCGACAAAUGAUAAUUAUCUUGAGCUGCUACACAAACCGGCAGGCUUCGGUGGAGGUGGAAGUGGAAGUUGCUUUCCCCCCCUUAAGGCCAUUAGCAUUUGUAUGAUGAGUGGCACAUCACCUUUUCCCCGAUUUUGCAAAAAAAAAAAAACCUGUAGAAGUGCGUCCUUGGGGAGAGCUCCCUAGCAACAGUAUCCAGACUAACAGGCAGCGAGUGCGGAGGAGGACGCUGUCAAAGUGUGAGCGCUGUGUGCCUGGAGGGGUAGAGCCCGUAAUGAGUGCAGCACAUGGGUUUCAAACUCAUCUAUGUGAGGUCAGAGCGUCGCUUUAAGGAUUAAGAUGAGUUCCUCACUGUCUGUGUAUGUCUCUUUGUCGUUUCUGUGAGAAUGAGGCAACGUAAUUGCUGAGAAACACGCAGAGCCCCAGAUUACUUGUUUCAGGCGAUCGCUUGUCUUGCUUCUGGAGGAGGUUUUUUUUUUUUUUGGCCCCAGCAGGCACAUCAAAGUAGAUCUCUCCCACCUGCCCUCCAGCUAAAAGUGGAGUGAUUUCUUCUUCUUUUCCACCUUUCCUCUCUCGUCUCAGAUCUUUAGCCCUUCAAGCACCCCGAGCAUCAGGGGGGCUCGCCCAUAAAAGCCCUAUUUAGCUGGUUUUCAAUGAACGGAUGCUCACGUGCUCUGAUCCACGCUUUGCUGUUCUUCUUCCCUGUUGCUCUAAAUUUACCACCGAGCCUGUCCAGGGACUGACAGACACACAAACCCACGCCUGAUGCAACUCCUUCCCUGAAUGUGAUGGAAAAAAAAAAAACAGUGCAGAAAGACUAUUUUGUUUUAUAUACGGGUUUUUUUAAGGCAUAAAUUGACCGUGCUGUGCUUAGAAGAGAAUGACCCUGACGCGAUGAGGGCGAAGCCAUUUCAGCCGCUCGUCUUUCUGUAACUUAAAGCAAUUAAGUGCGCAUUAGCGAGGGGAAAUGACAGUGUGUGGAGUCAAUAGCUACUGUUCUUUUCAAAUCUACACGGAGACGGGGGAUUAUUAACGAUGUAGUCUGCAUAAUACUGCGUCAUGAUGUGCCUUGUGCCCCCUAGAGUGUGUGGAAUUGGCCUCGCGAAGUGAAAGUGGGCUCAAGCCUGGCAGCGCUGCAGCCCGGAGCCGCUUCCUCUUCUUUCUCUGAACACAGCAGGAGAGCGGGAAAGAUUCCCGAGCAGACGGCUACUCGCUGAUGUUUAUCGGCAGACGCUUCCUCAACAAAACCCAAUUUCAGUCACAAUACAAAUUGGCUCAAAACCGAGAACUCGUUCAGAAUCUGGCGAGCUAAAGAGAUGAAACAGGAGAAAAAAAAAAUAAUAAAAAAAUCAAAGUGUGUUUUGUUUGUGAUGCAGCGCAGCACAUGUUAUUGAUCACGCAGGGAGACGUUUGUGUGUUUGUGCUAAAAUGAGGAGGAGGGUGCUGUGUCAAUAAGGGGGCAUGGAUGUAGCAGCACAUGUGUGUGUGUGUGUGUGUGUGUGCACGAGCUGUGAGUGCAAGUGGUUCUGUAUGAGCGUAAAGGGCUCACUUAGGAGAGGCGAGCAAUGAGAGCGACAAGCAGUUGGAGAGGAUUAGAGGAACACAGUGUGUGCAUACAGAGGCGCUCUGCUAGCGGGCACUUUGGCUGUCUUAAAUAAAUCAUGGAUUUAACUGAUGAUGUGUCAUUCUCACAAAGUAAAUAAGCUUGUUGUGGGCGCCAUCAACUCCCUGAACAAUCCGCACCACGCAGCCAACGUGAAGCGCGGUCGGCCCGGCCCCUGAUCUCGUUCAGGCUAGCAAAGCUUCAACACACCACUUUCCCUUUUUUCGAAAAAAAAAAAAAACAACCCAAAA